UCCUUCUCUCUUGGACCCUUCCCACCCUGGCUCUGCAGUGACCUGUGAACCCCCAACCUGCCACAGCAUCCCCAGGAAAAACUCAGGAUCUUAAAUAAGGGGUUUGAUUUUAUGGAUGGAGCCCAUGGGUCUGCAGCCUGGCCAAGGGAGCAACAACAAGAUGCAGAGUAUGCUGGGAGCGGUGAAAAUGGAAGGCCAUGAGCACACGGACUGGAGCAACUACUACGGGGAGCCCGAGAGCUAUUCCUCGGUGAGCAACAUGAAUGCGGGGCUGGGCAUGAACAGCAUGAACACGUACAUGACCAUGUCGGCCAUGAGCACCACGGCCAACAUGACGGCUGCCACCUCCAUGAACAUGUCCUAUGCCAACACAGGCAUGAGCCCCUCGCUCACCGGCAUGUCCCCAGGCACGGGGGCCAUGCCUGGCAUGGGCUCAGCUGGCGUGGCAGGGAUGGGCACCCACCUGAGCCCCAGCAUGAGCCCCAUGGGGGGCCAAGCGGGUUCCAUGAAUGCCCUGGCGCCCUACACCAACAUGAACUCCAUGAGCCCCAUUUAUGGGCAAUCCAACCUCAACCGCUCGCGGGACCCCAAGACCUACCGGCGAAGCUACACACAUGCCAAGCCGCCCUACUCCUAUAUCUCCCUCAUCACCAUGGCCAUCCAGCAGUCGCCCAACAAGAUGCUGACGCUGAGUGAAAUCUACCAGUGGAUCAUGGACCUCUUCCCCUUCUACCGCCAGAACCAGCAGCGCUGGCAGAACAGCAUUCGCCACUCGCUGUCCUUCAACGACUGCUUCCUCAAGGUGCCUCGCUCCCCAGACAAGCCGGGCAAAGGCUCCUUCUGGACGCUGCACCCCGAUUCAGGCAACAUGUUUGAGAAUGGCUGCUAUCUGCGCCGCCAGAAGCGCUUCAAGUGUGAGAAGCAGUUGGCUGCCAAGGACAGCGGCGGAGCUGGUGGUGGGGCAGGCGGUGGAGGCAAAAAGGGGCCUGGGCAACCCCCCAGCCAGCCCCUGGGGGAAGGCAGUUCCUCAGGGGGCUCAGACGGCUCGGCUGGUGCUGAGUCCCCAGCCAGCACCUCGCCGUGCCAGGACCACAAGCGUGCCCUGGCCGACCUGAAGGGCACACCGGGGCUGAGCCCUGGGGAGCCAGCAGCCUCACCAGCCCAGCACCUCCUGGCCCCCCCACAUGCUGGCCUGCCCCAUGAUGCCCACCUCAAGCCCGAGCACCACUAUGCCUUCAACCACCCCUUCUCCAUCAAUAACCUGAUGUCCUCCUCGGAGCAGCAGCACCACCAUCCCCACCAUCAUCAUCACCACCACCACAAAAUGGACCUGAAGGCCUAUGAGCAGGUGAUGCACUACUCGGGCUAUGCUUCGCCCAUGCCCGGCAGCCUGGCCAUGGGGCCCGUAACGAACAAAACCGGCUUAGAAUCCUCCCCUUUAGCAGGAGAGACUUCUUACUACCAAGGUGUGUAUUCCCGGCCCAUCAUGAACUCCUCCUAAGAGGGGCGAGGGGAAAACCUCCAUUUGCAAAGGGGAAAAGCCCCCCCGUACCCCUGUGCAGCCCCCUAAGCAGAGCGAUGGACUAUAAACGCUGUCGAGCACGGUACAUAUACGUAUAUAUAUAUUUUUUUUUUUUUCCGUUGGUUCCAGAUGUUUGCAACCAUUUGGGAAACAGCAGCUGUGUGUCUCGCAAGCAUCUCGGCCCAUGCCAAGGGCAGGCGUGUUGGUGUCCCCCCUUGGCCCAAAGCUACCCAUGCCUGGGGAGGGCUGCGAUUCCCUUGGUUUGCUUUGUGGGGUGGUUUGUUUUGCUGGGGAGGG